UCCAUCAAUACGAUAGAUCCUCUUGCAAUGACAGCAAACGAAUUCCUGUUUGAUUGCGCCACCAUACUAAAUUGGGAGAGCUUAAUUGCAGAAGCAAACACGGUGGAGUGAAAGCGCCACUUCCACCAACCCCCAAAUCCAACGGCGGUGCUACGAAGCUACGUCACCAUCAUCGAAUCUGUGUCCCCAGUUUUCUGGUGAGCCCGCAAAAACCUUUUCUUUUGCAUAGAAAAGGGCAAAACUGGGCUCUCCUUUUCCUACACAUUCCAACGCCCAACCGCAACCCUACAAUUUUUUAGUAUUAUAUUUUUUUCGAUUUAUAUACAUACAUACAUACAAAUCCCUGAGAUCUCUCACCACCACCACCUCUUCUUUUUGUAAUUCUCUCUACCCUUUGUCGGAUUUGCUUGAUUUGUGGCGGCCCUUUUCUGUUUUGGUCACUCUUCUGAUCUGGGGUGUGAUAAAGUUUGAAUCUUGGUGCUUGAAAGCAGCAUCUCUGUGCUAAAUCUGCAGUGAGGUUGUAAGUUUCUUGGAUCUUGUUUGUGGUGGGUUUGGGAUAUUUGUAGCUGUAUUUGUUGUUAACUGUCAAUGGGCGUUUUGGAUGAAUGCCAUUACCAUGUGGGGGUUGAGAAUGGAGUGAGUGUUGAGGUGGGUGGAGAGAGGGGGGCUAUUGAGGAUGCUGUGAGAGUGUUGUUGCUUGGUUUGGGUGAGGAUAUUAACCGGGAAGGUCUUCUUAAGACGCCUCUCCGUGUGGCCGAGGCGCUCCGGGAUGGGACUCGAGGCUAUCAUCAGAACGUGAAGGACAUUGUUAGUGGUGCUUUAUUUCCCGAGUCCGGGUUGGAAAGCAGUGUAGGUUCUGCUGGCGGAGCAGGCGGCCUUGUCAUUGUCCGCGACCUUGAUCUCUUCUCGUACUGUGAGUCUUGCUUGCUCCCGUUCCAGGUCAAGUGUCACGUUGGUUAUGUCCCAUCCGGCCAGCGCGUCGUGGGGCUGAGUAAGCUCUCCCGCGUUGCUGAAGUCUUUGCCAAGCGCCUUCAAGAUCCACAGCGACUGGCCGAUGAAAUCUGUGCGGCUCUACAGCACAGCAUCAAACCAACGGGCGUCGCUGUCGUCCUCCAGUGUUCCCAUAUCUGUUUCCCGAACUCCCAGUUCGACCCGAAUAAUCACCAAGGAUGCGUGAGGCUAUCAGUUAUGUCGGGAUCAGGAGCUUUUGACGAUGAGAAGGCUGGUAUCUGGACCGAUUUCCUCGGCCUUCUCAGAUUCCGAGGCCUAACUGAUGAUGCCACCCGCUCGCUCGACAAAUCUUGGUGCCCUUCUCGAACCAUCUGCAAGACGGCUGCAUCAUCAGACCCGUCUCUCCUUGCAGCAGUUUCCUCCAUCCUAUACGCUCUGGGCGAGGAUCCGCUGAGGGAGGAUCUCGUCGAGACCCCCGCCCGAUUCGUCAACUGGCUGAUGAACUUCAAGAACUCGAACGCGGACACAAAGCUCAACGGGUUCGUACGAAGCAGCAUGAGGGAAUCAUCGUUGACGAUGCCACCCAGCCACAUCUGCUCCGAGCUGAACCUGCCGUUCUGGUCGCAGUGCGAGCACCAUCUGCUUCCCUUCCACGGCGUCGUGCACGUGGGCUACUACAGCUCGGGCCGCGCCAUCAGCAGCGUCGGGAAAUCACUGCUGCAGUCAGUGGUGCAGUUCUACGGGUUCAAACUGCAGGUUCAGGAGAGGCUGACCAGACAGGUGGCUGAGGCAGCUUCUUCGAUCUUAGGCGAAGACGUGAUCGUCGUCGUCGAAGCUAGCCAUACCUGUAUGAUUUCUCGAGGGAUUGAGAAGAUGGGAAGCAGCACUGCCACCAUUGCUGUGCUUGGUCGAUUCUCCACUGAUCCCACAGCAAGGGCCAAAUUUUUGCAGAUAAUUCCGAGCUCAGCUUGAUUAUUAGGAAACAGUUUUUAGUCAUUCAUAUAUAAUCUCUCUCUCAGCAACAUGUAUCUCUUUACCCUUGGCAAGAAUUGGCAGAGGCUAUAAUGUUUUGAAAUUCAAUAAGAAUAUGUGAUCAUUGGAAUCAUUACAUUAAAA